AGCGCGCGCCCGGCACGCGCGCCGCGCCGAUGUGAUUUUACCGGGAGCUCAGGAUUACCGGGACUCGUCCUCAGGGUCUGUUACACACACGCGCGCGCUCCUCCUCCAGACCGGAGCUGAGGGUUUCGGUAACGGGCGCGGGGAUGGAGAGCCGGCUCGCGCGCCGCUGUAAGGUCGUAGUGGUGGGAGACUCGCGCUGCGGGAAAACAGCCCUACUGCACGUGUUCGCCAAGGACUCUUACCCCGAGAGCUAUGUGCCAACCGUGUUUGAGAACUACACAGCGAGCUUCGAGAUUGAUAAGCGCCGCAUCGAGCUCAACAUGUGGGACACGUCAGGCUCAAACUAUUAUGACAACGUCCGUCCGCUGGCUUAUCCGGACUCAGACGCUGUUCUCAUCUGCUUUGACAUCAGCAGACCAGAGACGCUGGACAACGUGUUAAAGAAGUGGCAGAUUGAGACACAGGAGUACUGUCCCAAUGCGAAGGUGGUGUUGGUGGGCUGUAAGCUGGACAUGAGGACAGACAUGAACACACUGCGGGAGCUGUCUAAACUCAGACUGAUCCCUGUCACACACGAACAGGGCACGUCCCUGGCGCGGCAGAUUGGCGCUGCAGCCUACGCCGAGUGCACAUCCAAGAACUCAGAGGACAGCGUGCGGGACGUUUUCCACAUCGCCACGGUAACAACCGUCGGUCACGAGACCCAGCGACUGAAGCGCUCGGGAUCACGGCGAGGUCUUAAACACACUUCCCAGAAUCCUCAGCGCUCCGAGAUCCUGGAGCGACGCAAGGACAGAGUGAAGAGCUGCAUGCUGAUGUAGAGGUCGCGACCCCAUGACCUCACGGCCUACGACAAGAGCUCGCUUCUCAUCCUUCGUUAGUUUUUUUAGUUGGGGUUACGGUUGACAUUAACGGUCAGGAUGGAGGUUAGAGACGACUCGAAGGCCAGAGUGCAGGCAGAUUUAUUCUUUAUUGUUUAUUUUUACUUCUGAUUUCUUUCACGUCACCAAUGAGUCGGGAAUAAAACCACAAAACAUGCGCGUGUGUGUUUGUGUAUGUGUAUACAUAUAUAUAUAUAUAUAUAUAUAUAAAUAUAUAUGGGUUUUUUUUAAGCUUCGCUGUAUACAUAAAUAUAUUUAUUAACUUUUUGUUUAAAAAAUUUCUAUAUAUUUGCAUAUAUUUUUGCUUACUUUUUAAAUCAGAAAGUUACUAAAACCAGUAAGAAAAAUAUUAAUACAGUUUUUUGUUCACUAGAAAUAGUUGUGUUUUGUUGUUGUUUUAACAUCUUUGCGUUUUUAAGUUUGGAGCACGGAGGAGAAACUCAACUGAACUGUCGCUGUUCGUGUCUGCCGCGAUGUCGUGGUUUUCCGCCUGCUGAUGAUGUCGGACUCUACAAAAUAAGAUGAAAUUCUGUUGUUUCUAAAUAAUUUGCUCAGCGUACUGACUGUGUAAGGGCUCGAGACGCUGAUGAUGCACUUUAUGAUUUUAUUUUUUUUAUUUAUUUAUAUUCCUGUAUUAUUGUGGGUUGGUUUUUUAUUGUUUAAGACAGAGACGUGAAACAAAACAGCUAGAUAUAAUACAUAAUAAUGAAUAAAACUGAUAUAAAAGUCAUAAUGUUUAAAAUGUAAGAAAAUGUAAAAGCAAAUUUAUGCUGAUGGCUUUCUGGUUGUCAGUAAGAAUAAAAAUAGACUUUAACCGUU